UCUCAUUACUAACGAAGCAAAAUACUUAAAUAUCCUAAAAUACAUCGAUCACAAGCAUGCAUAAAACUGACUUGCAAAAAUACAAUGGAGCUGACAUGCACACUCGCUAUUCCCGCAAACAGUAAUGACAGUAAUAAUGCCGACUUAACUGAUAAAACCGAAACAAGUAACGAUGAUGACCAAACACAACUGGAUACGGUUGCUUUGGAUAAAUUUAAACUUAAUUUUAAAGAUGAUUAUUUUGAACCAGCGAAUAGAACACAAGCAUUUAGUACCGACGAAGAGGAACUUUGUCACUCAACUACAAAACUCAUAUAUCCAAUGAGCGCACAAUCUAAGGACGGAGAAUUUGUAACGGUGGUGCAAAAUGGUGAACAUAAACAAGGAUUUAGGGUGGAGGUUUGCGAAAAUGAGAGUGGUUCUUGUAAAUUUGCUGACAUCUUUCCUCUUGGCUAUACGGCAACUUGUGUCCAACGCUAUAUCUUUCGAACCGCAGUCGUAGUUGUGAAUGGUGAACUGAAGGAAGAACUUCUAAAAUUACCAUCAACUUGCAAGUGCGUUUUGAAACUUAAUAGGCUUUGAUUAUGCUGCUGGAGAUAUGAUUAUUUGGCUGAUUUCGAACAAAUGAAUUUUUAUUAAACUUACGUACACUUACUUACAUAUUUUCUUAUAUUUAUAACCAAUAUUAAUACUUGUAGUUGUAGAUUUCUUGCAUUUGGAAAAAUUAAAAAAAAAAGAAAAAAUUUAAAGGAAAAUUUUUAUAAUAAACCAAAAUACAUAAAAUUGUACAUGUCAACACA